UUCGUUAUGUGUGAACUAUGUAUAUGUAUGUAUGUAUGUAGAAAUUUCUAAAUGUCUGAAGCUUUAUCAUAGUUCAAUGACCGCGGCCGUUGCCGACGUCUAAGCAGCAGCCACAACAACAACAACCAAAGACAUAUUACCUAAGCACGCCUACUUGGCGUCGUCUAACAGUGUCGCUGUGAAGGCGUGCGUGUGUGUUUGUGUGAGUGCGAGUUCUACAUAGAAACAGCAUAGCAUAGGGCCAAGAUUCACUUAACAUCUUUAGCAGAAGAGAGAGGCGCGCGCGUUGUUAUCAGAAUAGUGGCAACAAGCCAACGAUACAUGUUAACCCGCUGUAAAAGACGCCAAUGUUGUCAUGUUGCGUUGCUACUGACCUUGAGGCACAAUUUACAAUUUCGAUUAAAAUAAUUAGUGUUUGGCCAUGACCUCGACAAUUUUUGUGCAAAAGUUUCGUAAAUAAACGUACAUACGAGUAUAUGUGUACAUAUGCCACAUCACAAGACACCCUACGAUUAACCUAUUAUUAACCCGUGUGCCUAAAACAACCAUUCAACCUACAGCCGACUAUAAGUUCAUCGAGAAACGGUAUAAAUCUGUGUAUACAGAAACUGUUCAUGUCGUUGUGAAGUUUUACUGUCUGCCUGUAUAAGAACCGUAUUUAUGUCACAAAAUAACAAAAAUCGGAAAUGAGCCCUUUCAAAAGUGCUAGUGAUGGGAGCCCCUGCAAUUAUGAGAACAUUCAUGUCAUCGGCACAGGCGCCUAUGGCACCGUUUAUAAAGCACGCGAUAACACUAACGGCAGAAUCGUGGCCAUCAAGAAGGUGCGCAUUGCGCUAACUGAGAAUGGAGUUCCGAUGUCAACACUGAGAGAAAUAUCGUUGUUGAAGCAGCUAAAUGCCUGCGACCACUCGAACAUUGUCAAACUGUUCGAAGUAUGCCAGUUUUUGGAGCGCGAUGGCAAAUUGAUGAUUUUGCUUGUGUUCGAGUAUCUGGAACAAGAUCUGUCGGACUAUAUAGAAAAUCUGCCCAAAUCAGGUGUCUCACGUACAACCAUACAGCGAUUUUCGCGUGAGCUGCUCACCGGCGUCGACUUCCUGCACUCCCAUCGCAUCAUUCACCGCGAUUUGAAGCCCCAAAACCUCCUCAUCUCUUCGCAGGGACACCUGAAAAUCGCUGACUUUGGAUUGGCAAAGACCUACGAUUCGGAAAUGAAACUGACUUCGGUUGUCGUUACGCUAUGGUAUCGAGCACCCGAGGUCCUGUUGGCCCAACCCUACAACAGCUCCGUAGAUAUUUGGAGUGCUGCCUGCAUUAUGGCAGAACUCUUCAUGCGCAAGGCCCUGUUUCCGGGCACAUCGGACAAGAAUCAAUUGGAUCGCAUAUUUGAAUUAACUGGUCGUCCAGGUGUCGAUCAAUGGCCCAAAACCAUUUCAGUUUCACGCGAAUACUUUCCCAUGCGCCAUCCGAAGCGGCCCCGAGACUUUUGUCCCACGUUGUGCGAGUAUGCGGAUGAUUUGUUAAGUCAAAUGCUUUCGUACGACAUACGCCUUCGUCCUUCUGCUUUGGCCUGUCUAGAGCAUGAAUAUUUCCAACAGGAGCCGCUUUAGCGAACGAUAAGAUUUCGGAAUCCGGUUGAUCAAGCGCAGAAUGUGUUCUUGUUAUAUGUUCCUUUAGGCUGCUUUUCAGGGCUCUGGCAGGAGUUGGCCCGCCAUUUGAGAAAUUCA